GUAGUCCUUAUUGUCCUGACAAGCUUCCAAGCCUCAACUCUUCCAACCUCCCCCUCUGGCUACUAAAAUCUCCCAGAGUUUCCAUUCCUUCUUGGGUAGAAAAAAAAAAUAUGGCAGCUAAAAGGCUUCUUGAUGACUCCGAUCAUGACAAGGAUCAGUCGGAGGACAAACGGAUGCGGCGCCUGCCUUCUUUCUCGACGGUGAUCAGAGAGGCUAUGAUGGCGAAGUCAUUGCAAAACUUGUUUAUGGCCUUGGAACCACUGCUUCGCAAAGUGGUGCAAGAGGAGGUGGAACGCGGACUAAUGCAUGCAUACGGCACGCGUCUACUUCACAGGCCUUCCCAAAUGCACAUUGAGGCAGCUGAGCCACCAAGCAUGAAACUAAUAUUCAAAAGAGAACCAUCACUCCCGGUCUUCACCGGAAGCAAGAUCGAGGACGAGGAUAAUAACCCUCUCCAGGUGCUCCUCGUAGAUAACCAUAACAGUCUGUCCUCAAUACCAUCACCUCUCAAAGUAGAAGUAGUGGUCCUUGAUGGCGAUUUUCCUUCUGAUGAUCACGAAGACUGGACAAGCACCGAGUUUCAGAAGGGCAUAGUAAGAGAGAGGACAGGAAAGAGGCCAUUGAUUACAGGAGAAGUCAACCUCACACUAAGAGAUGGAACUGCUUCCAUCUCGGAGCUCACAUUUACUGAUAAUUCGAGCUGGAUAAGAAGCAGGCACUUCAGGAUUGGUGCAAGAGUUGUGCCAGGGAGCUAUGAUGGACCAAGAAUCAAAGAAGCCAUGACUGGAGCUUUCACGGUGAAAGAUCACCGAGGAGAAUUAUACAGGAAGCAUUAUCCACCAUCUCUCCACGACGAGGUAUGGCGACUAGAGAAGAUAGGAAAGGAUGGGGCAUUCCACAAGAAGCUAUCAGCCAAGAAUAUUCGCACGGUCCAGGACUUCUUGAAGCUCUUGGUCAUCGAUUCUGAUCAACUCCGCAAGAUAUUGGGGGUUAAUAUGUCAGACCGGACGUGGGAAGGAACGAUUGGUCAUGCAAGAACCUGCGACGUGGGUAAAAAGAUUUACCUGUACCGUGGGCCCAAUUGUUCCCUUCUCCUGAACUCCAUAUGUGAAGUUACAGGAAUUAUGACCGAUGAUGGCAUGACGUUCGCGCUGAAUGAUCUCAACAGAUCUCAGAAAGCCGGUGUACAGCAGCUGGUCCGAGAGGCAUAUCAAAACUGGGAUGGGCUCGCAGAGCUUGAUGGGAUGCCCAAUGCCAGCGUUCCACUGCUUCAAGGGUAUCAAGGUGGGAUGGAAUCAUUGCCUUGGUGUCCCCUGAGCCAAGAAAGCGUCGAAUUCGAGUAUGAAAUGGGGGGUUUUGGUGAGGCUGGAGCUCCUCCAAACAAUCUGCAAGUUGUAUUCACUAGUCCUGCCCAAAAUCCAACAUGCUUGACGCCUCCGAUUCCGUGGAGUCGUGUGUAAACGUCGGGUUGACUGUUGGAUCGAACGCUACGAAAAAAAAGGAAAAAGAGUCCGUUCUAGCAACCAAAAAAAAAAAAAAAAAGGCUACAAAGAGCCUGCCAGAUAGUAGUAGUUUUGAUGCACAUUAAAAAGGGUAUAAGAAGGUUGAAAUUAGGAUCCGGGUCAGCUGCCCUGAUUGCUUGCAUACAAUAAGAGGAAGCUAAGCGAGCUAAGCAAGCAACAAGAGGCGCUUUUUCUUCUUAUUUCUUUCCUUUUCAUUUCUUUUACUUGUCUUUUUUCUUUUUUGGGGGAUUGUAUUUGAAGUGUUUUUGUAAAGGUAGUAUGGGGUGGAUCGAUGUCCUGUACAAAGUGUCGGAAAAUGUCUGUUGCAUUUGUGCUUCUCCCCCACUUGUUGUUGCAUGAACGAAAUUUGGAUCAUUAGAGUCAUGUUCUCUGCCAAUUUACGUUAAUCGGCUAUUUCCUUGUCUAAAGAAUGUUUAACCUUUCCAGCGUUUAAAUCAU